AUGUCGAAUCAAUCUGGUAUUUCUGCCGAACAAGAGUUACUUGACGUGUUGAGUAAUAGCUCUCAAGCUGAAACUUCUACUGGUUUAGCGAUUAUAGUUGCAAGUAUCCCUGAUAAUUCAACAUCUGUUCAAUUCAAUAGAAAGUUUGACACGAUUGAAGAGUUGCAAUCGAAUCUUUCAAUUAACCCUCUAUACAUUUUCAUAAAGGACUUUUCUAAAAAUACGGAUCAUUAUGACUUCAUCUCCUAUGUUCCUGAUUCAUCACCUGUCAGAUCCAAAAUGCUCUAUGCCUCAACUAAGAAUACUCUAUUGAGACAAAUUGGUACCAAUUCGAUCGGUAAGCAAAUUCUAGCAACAGCUGCAGACGAAAUAUUAGAUUUACUAGAAUCUGCAGAAGAUAUUACCAAAUCACCCUCAGCUAUUUUAACUGAAUCCGAGGAAAUUGAGCAUCAAAUAGCUGAACAACAACGUGCAAUGAGGUUGUUACAAAUGCAUCCAAAAGGCCGUAAAUUAGUUUCUCAGACUAAUGGAUCUCCUACUGCAUUGAGUUUUGACGUUGUAACUGGUGAUAGCUCAAUCCAAGACCUAUUAAAAGAAGCAAAUGUAAUUUCCUUCAACAUUGAUUUAAGCAAUGAACAAGUUCAAAUAAUUAAGAAAUCAACAAUUUCCAAACCAGAAGAUCUUCAAAUAGUUGCGGAACAUCCAACAUAUACACUCUAUAAGAAUGGGGAAUUGUACUAUUUCAUAUAUAGUUGCCCUUCCGGAAGUAAAGUCAAGGAACGUAUGGUUUAUGCAUCAAAUAGACUUGGUUUCGUGAAAUAUCUCCAGGAUAAUGAAAAAAUUACCUUCAGUAAGAUCAUAGAAAUUGGAGAUUCAGAUGAGCUAGAGUUUACUUUAAUUUCAAGUUCGACAGCUGAAGAAUCUAAAGAGUAUGAAAAUAAUGAAUCUUCAGCUUCUUCCGCCCAAAAAUUCAAUAGACCAAAGGGCCCUAUGAGGAAAAGAAGGACAUGA